CCUAUUAAAACAACCGAUAUAUGAAUAUAUAUAGUGAUCGAGACCGCCACCUACCUAGCUGCCCGGCAAAUUAUUGCUCGGAAAGGCAACCAACCACACCACAAAAAAACCAGUGAUUAGCUAGUCUGCAACCAGCUACGGACAACAUGCAUCCACGUUUCGUCUUUUUCCACCGUAGGCGUAGCCAAACAAAAUCUCCACAUCUGGGCUUCACGUAAUAACAAGUGAGGCCCUCCAAGUCAGGAUGUCAGCAGCUCCUCCAUAGCAAACUAAAAGCUCAGCUGCCAAACCCAACUUGCAGCCUGCAGCAACAAACCCAGAAACCAACAACAUUAUUCAUUAAUACCCAACUCUCAGUGUAGCUACACAAUAGAAUACGGUUAGAUUUUUUUUUUUUUUUUUUUUUUGACAAAGAAUACAGUUAGAUUGCAAGGGUGGGAAAAAAUAUUUUCUUUUCUUCAUUUCACAACCGACAGUCCCAACUCUCAAUUGUCCUAGCCAUCAUUGGUGGUAUUUGUUUAUAGGAAACUCCGAAACUCAGCACCCUCAAGACCCAACCCCGAAAGGCACAAUUCACAAUCAAUCAUGGAAAAUAUUAUAGGACGCCUCUUCUUCCUUCUUCUUGUGCUGGAAUUCCAGCUCCAGGCAUUCUUCAGCUCUGCCUCUGCCUCCAAAACAGCUAAUGGUAUCAAGUAUCUUCCUGGAUUCGAUGGCCCGCUUCCAUUCUACUUGGAAACAGGGUAUAUUGGCCUGGGAGAAGCAGAGGAGGUGCAGCUGUUUUACUAUUUUGUCAAGUCAGAGAGGAAUCCAGAGCAAGACCCUCUCAUACUCUGGCUUACUGGAGGCCCUGGCUGCUCGUCUUUUUCUGGUCUCGCCUUUGAGAUCGGUCCUGUUCGGUUUAAAGUGGUGGAAUAUAAUGGGAGCUUACCCACAUUGGUCUUGAAUCCUGACUCUUGGACAAAGGUUUCCAGUAUAAUAUUUCUGGACCUCCCAGUUGGAGCAGGGUUCUCCUAUGCAACAAGCGAGCCCGCUUCCCGAUCAAGUGACAAAGUGCAAGCAUCCCAAGCUGUCGAAUUUAUGCGAAAAUGGCUAAAGAAACAUCCGAAGUUCCAAACAAAUCAAUUUUACAUCGGCGGGGAUUCCUAUGCAGGCAUCCCUUUACCCAUCGCGGCUCAAAGCAUUUCCAACGAAAAUGAAGUGGGCAUUAAGCCGAUAUUCAAUCUCAAGGGAUACAUACUCGGAAACCCGUUGACAAAUUUUAGAAUUGAUGAUAACUCAAAAAUAUCAACUGCGCAUGGAUUGACACUCAUUUCAGAUGAACUUUACCAGUCAUUGAAGACAAGUUGUGGCGAGGAAUAUCAUGAUGUUGAUCCUACCAAUCAUGAAUGUAUCAACAAUUUAGAUGCUUUUCAGGAGUGUUUGUCAGGACUAUACACUGAGAACAUAUUAUAUCCAAAGUGUGCAAUAGCUUCUCCAAAGCCAAUAAUGGAGGAGAUCCAGAUGGACAACAGAAGGAGAUUCCUAUGGGAUAGACAACAAUCUCUCUCUAUAGAUGUUCCUACAUUCGGUUGUCCGACUUACCCUUACCUUCUUUCCGAUUACUGGGCGAAUGAUGUAGUAGUCCGCAAAGCACUUCAUGUGAGAAAGGACACCGUGCAAAGAUGGAUACGAUGUAACUACAGGUUAAAUUACAAUUCAGAUGUCAGCAGCAGCUUUAAGUAUCAUGUCCACCUUUCAACCAAGGGUUAUCGUUCGUUGAUAUACAGCGGGGAUCAUGAUAUGGUGGUACCAUCAAUGGGAACGCAAGCCUGGAUUAGAGCUCUCAACUACUCCAUUGUAGAAGAUUGGCGAUCAUGGCACGUGGAUGGCCAAGUAGGAGGGUAUACAAGAACAUACUCCAAUGGAAUGACAUUUGCAACUGUCAAGGGAGCUGGGCAUAUAGCAGUAGCGCACAAGCCUCUAGAGUGCUCGGUUUUGUUCAAAAAGUGGAUAAAUCAAGAGCCUCUGUGAAAACAAGAUAUGCAAAGAAAAGGUUCAAGUCAGUAACGUAUAAAUUUUUGCAAGAAAGACUUUAUUUAUAUAUAAAUAAAGGGACGUCACACUCAUAAGAAGUUUUUUAGGCAAGAAACUUUUGGUACUAAUUCAAGCUUUGUUUGCUAGAUUUCUUCAAGGGUUGGCCUGAUUUGUCGAAGGAAGGAUGGGUAUCACUCCCGUUAUCUACACUCAAAUGAUCAAUAUUAGUGUCAUUGUGAGGAAGAACUCGGAGAGUAACGAUAGAGAGAGAUAAGGGUAUGUAAAGUGAGGAGAGGAGAAGACUCUUUAUUUGGAAGACCUAAUGUCUGCUCUAUAGGCAUAAGCUUGUGUUACUUUUUUGGACUUUGAUUGUAACUUGAAGGUGUUAGUGGCUUGGACUCAUAUGCAUAUCGUUGUUAAGGUCCAGGUCGGGCUAUGUUAUAUUUACAGGUAUAGCAAUUGUGCACACGUGAUCUUCCUUUUCACUGAUCGCAACCAGGCUGUUAAACCUUUUGGUUCCUCCUUCUUUGCAUCCUUUAAAUCUAAAUGAAUCAAAGCUUGAUACAAACAUUCCUUAACAUGCUAGGACCUAAAUUAGAAGAGAAAACAUAACUUUAUAUAACCUAACAUAGAAUAGAAUAAUAAUGAACAAGUUAUAAGGCGAAUGAACAAAAACUGGUAAAAACCUUGCUAAGUCCUAGAAUAUCAACAUUUAGUCACAUUAAGUAUAGCACAAAAUCAACCCAAAAUGGCCAAGGUAUGAUUAUACUAACAUUCAAACACUUAAUAAAUGAGGUCUAAAAUAUGCAAAAAAAAAUAUGUGUCAUCAAAUCCCUCCACACUUCAGCUUUUGUUUAUCCUCAAGCAAUGAUGUACUUCAAUUGUGUAACUCAACCCUUUCCCACCCAUCGUAUGCAAGUUGAAUAGUCAGAGCUGGGUUGUUCGCAACUUCCUAGAAACUUUUCUUGCGACAUUUCUCCAUUUGGUGAGUUUGAUUUCAUUAUAGUAUGAAGGGCAGUACACUCAAGUGUGGGUUGAUAGGCAUAUGGUAUCCAGUGGCCUCUAGGAGUGGGAUAGAAGAGUAGAUGCUUACAUUUAUGUUUCUCGCUUUUCCAACAACCUUAUUAUUCUCCUUGGGUACCUUUUAGGGCGGGGAAGGGGGUGGGGGUGGGGGGGGCUAUAGCACCUUUGAUCGAGAAAGUAGGAGUUACUAUGCAUUGACUUUUCUUCCCCAACCUACACCUAGGCCCUUGUAGAAAGGCAAUUACAUAGGGGAUUUACCAAAUUUUAACCCAAUCAAACCAAACCAUAGUUGGGUUCCUACUGUAACACCCCGGUAUUUUGAUUUUAGGUUCGACCUUAAAUUGGAAUUGGUUGGAUUGACGAUUAUGUACUAGGAGUUACAACCGCGGUUUAGUAAUAAUAAUAGCUACUACUAUUAUUAUUACUAUAAUAAAAUAUAUAUAUAUAAAUCAGAUUGGGGGGGGGGGGGGGGGGGGGGAGCGGCCCUAAUAUUUCCCAAACCACAAGCCCCGCCGCGUUCUCAAUUUCCCCAGGGGAAAAAGAGAGUCGACCGCCGCCGCCGAUUAAUUCUCCAGCCCGCGCGAGUCGACAGCCGAUCCCGAUCCCAUCCCUCUCGUGUUCUAGGUAAGGAUCACGAACCCCUUCGUGAUCUCUAAACUCGAUUUACCGAUAGUCUAAUCCGAAGCUCGUAUUUUUAUUAACGGUGACGUUGAGAGUUCGAUCAGCAAGGAGAUCAACAUCUCGGGCCAUCCAACCUAGGCCUAGGCACGUUCUAGAGGUAAGGAAACUCGAUCCCUUUGAUUUAGAUCAAUCGAUUUAGUGAUUUUUCGUGAGGGUGCAAUUCUGGGUUUUUAGCAACAGGCGUUACGGGCUUUUAGUGACAGAUUUUGAUUGGUCACUAAAGCUCCUGGGAAUUU